UUGCUGUACUGUGUAUCAGCUUGUUGGUCUCAGUGAUGGUUCUUGUGGAGAUUGUCUUCAGAGCAGCAUUCACAUCUACUAGUAGAUCUUCUGAAGGUACUUGGCAACUCAGCUUCGGUAUUCGUCGGGGGCUCCAGGUUUCCAGUUGGGUCACGAUCUUCCUUCUCAGGUCAGCAGCUCUUGUGUUGAGGCUGUUAGCUGUUGGGGCUUGGUACCCAAUCUCUGGUUGUGGGGAUGAUGACAUCUCCCCGCUGACCUGUCUUCCUGGCUCCCCCUUGCCGUAGCAUCGUUGUUGUAUUUCAUUAAUCUCUAGUUGUGAUAGGAGAUUUCGAUUAUGGAUGUUGGAACACUGGGCUAAUAGCUGUUUCUUUGUUAGCCUUGAUUGUGGGUUUCGAAGUAUCCAGUGGUCCCACAUUCUCUGCAUGUAUCCCCUCUCUCUGGGAUUGCUUUCCAGCAAAUCCGUAUUUUCUGUUCUCGUCCAUCGAUGUCUUGUUCCAGUAGCCCAUUUCUCAUCAGUUUGCCCUGGUUCCCUAGCAACUGACGCAGACCUUGUUGACCCGGGCGACGUCUGAGCCGGUAUGACUCUAUCAGUUAUGUUUUCACUCAUUCCUGAGGUAGGCUGAUAUAUCAUGAGGGGUUUUGCCUAAGGACCCUUACUGGAUGAUGUUUUGCCCCGACCGGGAUUCGAACCCCGAUCUCCUGCGUCGUAGUCAGUGAGCAUUACCACUAGAGAUGCACCGGUCAAUCGGCCGCCGAUCAAAAAGGCCGGUUUUCUAUCCAAUCGGCCCAAUCGGUGACCGGCCGGUCACUGUCGUCAUUUCCGGUUUUUGGCCGGUCACGCUGACACGCAUGCGCAGCAGCUCAACGCGGACGGCUCAAAACUGAACCAAAGCAAAACAAAGAUGUCGUUGAUCUGGACAUAUUUUACCGUGUGCCAGGACGAACCGAAACAGGCUAUGUGUAAUGCUUGUAAGUCUAAAGUAAGCCGUGGAGGAUCAACGCCUAAGACUUAUGGAACAACCAACUUAAGACGCCACUUGGAAAAGAAACACCCAUGCUUGUUUAGCAAGUAUAAAGAAGACACGGCUGCUAGUGCUAAGACUAAGAGGGAUGUACCUGAGUCACAGCAACAACACCCCACCGUCGCCCCUAUGUUCGACACGAGUGUUGAGAAGUCUAAUGCCACCACUCGAAAAAUAAUGGAGUACAUGGCACUGGACGACCAGCCGUUCAGCGUAGUGCAGGAUAAAGGCUUCGUCAACCUGAUUAAACACCUGAGUCCACGGUACAAAUUACCAAGUAGGCGAUACUUUUCUGAUACAGCGCUGCCAGAGUUGUUUGAGAAGGUUUCAAGCCAUAUACGCAAGCUACUCAACGCCACCAAAUCUCCGAUCAGUUUCACGACGGACAUUUGGACUUCUAACGUGAGCUUAAUGUCAAUGUUGAGUCUGACCGCUCAAUGGCUGGAUGAUGAAUUUGAGCUACAUCAAGUCCUGCUAUACUGUGAAGAAUGCCCUGGUUCCCACACUGCGGACAAUUUACGAGCCAAAUUUGAAAAAAUGAUGGCAGAGUGGAACAUCGACAAGAAGAGGGUUCAUGUCGUGUUGCGUGACAACGCUCGGAAUAUGACCAAGGCACUGGAUGACUGCAACUUCGCCAGUCUCCCGUGCAUGGCACAUACACUCCAGCUAGCGGUGAAUGAGGGACUGCAAUCUCAACGCGCAAUCACCGACGCCGUGGCAACAGGCAGGAGAAUAGUCACGCACUUCAAACACUCACCGCUAGCCUACUCGAAACUCCACGUUAUCCAGGAGGAGUUGGGUCAACCCAAGAAACGCUUGCAACAAGACGUUCCGACACGUUGGAACAGCACGUUUUACAUGUUGCAGUCGCUGUUGGAACAAAAACGCGCCUUGAGCUUAUACGCAACAGAACACGAGCUGCCGACAAUAUUCACCACACACCAGUGGGAGUUAAUUGAGAAUGUGUUGAGCAUCCUUCAACCUUUUGAGGAACUCACAAAGACAAUUAGCUCCUCGUCAGCCACCGCCUCGUCCGUCAUCCCUGAAAUCACUGCACUGAAGCGCCUUUUGGGGAGAGCAGCAGACACCGACCGUGGUGUGGGCACUGCCAAGGCCACGCUGUUGGAAGCGGUCCAGAGACGGUUUGCAGACAUCGAGAAGAAUCCACUGUACCUUGUGGCCACUGCUAUGGAUCCUAGAUACAAAACUUGCUACUUCUCAGCAGAAACAAAAAAUGAAGUGAAAAGGGUACUUCUGAACAUGCUGGACAGAGUGGACACCAGUGCCAUCAGACCCACACCUGAUCAGCCUCCUGAGGAACCUGCCAUCGCACCUCCAACCAAAAGGGCAAGCCUACUGCUUUCUGUGCAUGAUGAGAUACUGAUGGAGAAUGCUAGCAAUGAGGAGGAACACCUGCUAGGCCGCCCUGCAUCUGUUCAGUUACAGCGUUACCUCUCAGAGCUGCCCAUCAAGAGAUCUGAGGAUGAAACUGUAAAUGAUGUACUAAAAUACUGGCGUGAAAACAAAACACACUACCCUGCACUUGCCCCGCUUGCCCAAGCAUACCUCUCUGCUCCAUGCACAAGCAUUGAUAGUGAGCGCUUGUUUAGCUUGGCUAGUAAUGUCCUUGAUGAGAAAAGAAACAGGCUUUCUGGGGAGAAGGCAGAAAUGCUGCUGUUUGUGAAGAAGAACCUGCCAUUGAUGGUUGAGUGAUUGCACUGGGGGUGGGACAGAGCACUUUGUUCACAACUUAAAGCUACCUGUUAAUUUCAAUGUUAUUUUUUUAUUUAGAGAUGUCAAGAGAGGUCAAAUGCAAAUGUUAAAAAUGUUAUGAGAACCAGUUUCAAUUGACAAGAGCAUGUGGUGCACUUUAUUUUUUUUAUCCUAGGCCUAUAUUAAAUCCUGCACUUAUUAUGUGAAAAGAAAUAAAAGGCCUAAAAUGUGAUUUACUUAGAGAACCAGUUUUCAAGUGUGCAUGGUGCACUUUAUCUUUUGUUUGUCUUAAUAUUUUAGUUUUUUUCCUAUAUUGACCUGUAAACUGGACUGAAUGUUAUGGUCAGUGUUCUAAAUAAAUCUGCUCAGGGGGCACUGUUGAAACUCA